AUUUUUCGAUUAAGCUUAAGAACGAGAGGAAUUUGGUUUGCGCACAAGAAGGAUUGAAGCGAUGACGAAAAAAUCCAGCAAUUGUAGUGUUUGCUACAAUGUGUUCCGUGCCUCUAUCUGCGCCUCUUGUGUUAAUGACAGGCUAAACAAAUAUAAACUUCUUUUGGACUCAUCGAAGAUCCGUCGGGAGUAUUUAUACUCGAGAUUAAGCGACUUGCUUCUCAUCAAGGGUAAAGCAAAUGCUCAGCAGAGUUGGAAGGAUCUUAAGAAUGAGAAGCUUUCUAGGUUGAGGGAUAAGCUCCAGAAUGAAAUGGAGAAAUUGCAGAAAAGGAGAGCUACAGUUGAGAGACUGUCUCGCAAUUUGAAAGAGAGAUGUGGCAUUGUUGAAUCGGCUACUGUCAUCUUGGAGAAGAAUCGUGAAGAGCAGUUGGAAAAAAACUACUCAGAUACAAUAGGCAAUUACUACUUGGUCUAUAUCGAGGUUACUUCAGACCGGCUUUAUAAACAGGCUUUGGUUAUGAAGCAGAUCUGCAAAUUAUUCCCUCUAUCACGGGUAAAACUAGACCAAGAUAGUAGAGAUGGAUGUAGUGAUCAUUAUGAUCGAAUAUGUAAUGCAUGCUUGCCACAAGGACUCAAUCCGCUGUCUGUUCCACCAAAAGAGCUAGCAGCUUCUUUAGGGUACAUGGCACAGCUUCUGAAUCUUGUUGUUAACAAGCUGGCAGUGCCUGCACUUCAUAACUUGGGUUUUGGGGGUUCUUGCUCGAGAAUAUGGCAACAGGAUUCCUAUUGGAGUAGUCGCCCAUCUUCCACAAACAAUGAGUAUCCUCUUUUCAUACCUAUCCAUGAUUAUAACUCCAUGAACGUGAACAAUUCAUGGACCAGAAGGGGUUCGACCAAUUUCGGCGUCACUUCAAUUAGAUCGGAUGGAAGUCCAGAAACAGAGCCUUAUGACCUCGAUGUUUUCAGCUACUCAUCUGCCUCCUCCCCUCGUUCUCUUGAUGCACACAGAGAUCUGCAGAAAGGAAUUGCACUUCUCAAGCAAAGUGUGGCACAUAUAUCUGCGUAUGGCUACAGCUCCCUGCACCUGGAAUUUCCUAAUGCAUCCUCGACUUAUGCUACGUCAGUCAUUUCAGUUUCUGAAAUCUCUUACUUUCUUUCCCUGGGUUUGUCGAGGUCCAUGAAGAAAGGGAAGCAGCAGAACAAAUCCGUGUGGAACUCGAGCACUUCCAGUUCGAGCACCUUGCUAAACAGCGCUCACACAGAGCGCACAUUGGUAUCACUUUUGGCUCUUGACUUGGUUGUACUCUAUCAUGAAUUUCCAUUAAAAUGAUGAAUAAAUAACCUUAAAAAGGCGAUAUGUGUAUUAGUAUCUGGAUUCUUGGUUUUGUCUCU